CGGCCCGGCGAUCCGUCCUGCCGGUCCGGGGCCCUGCGAUCUCCAAGCACUCCGGGGAGAAACUCCCGGAUCCGGUGCUGCCAGCCAGCAGCCCCCUCCCUCCCCGGGGGUCCCCGGCUUUCUGGCCUCCGCGCCCCGAUCCCUUCCGGCCUGGCUCUCCUGGACCCCCGAGAAGCCGGAGACCCCAGAAACCAAGCCCCCGGGCAGGCCCGGGCUUGUCGCCGGCACCACUUCCUGGUGGGAGGGGCGGGUCCUCCCCUCUGCCCCCUCAGGCCAGGGGUCUGGAUGCAUGAAGGCCCACCAGCUCUGAGCAGAUCAUGAAGACAGGGGCCCUUCUGCUUCAGGGUUUCAUCCAGGAUCGCGCCGGGCGAAUGGGGGGCGAGACACCCGAGCUGGCCCUGGAGCAGGCGCCCCAGGACGCGUCCACCAAGAAGCUUAGCGAGUGUCUCAAGCGCAUUGGAGAUGAGCUGGACAGUAACAUGGAGUUGCAGAGGAUGAUCGCAGCCGUGGACACAGACUCCCCUCGCGAGGUCUUUUUCCGAGUGGCAGCUGAGAUGUUUUCCGACGGCAACUUCAACUGGGGCCGGGUUGUCGCCCUUUUCUACUUUGCCAGCAAACUGGUGGUCAAGGCCCUGUGCACCAAGGUGCCCGAGCUGAUCAGGACCAUCAUGGGCUGGACACUGGACUUCCUUCGAGAGCGGCUGCUGGGCUGGAUCCAGGACCAGGGUGGUUGGGAUGGCCUCCUCUCCUACUUUGGGACACCAACGUGGCAGACAGUGACCAUCUUCGUGGCCGGAGUGCUCACCGCCUCACUCACGAUCUGGAAGAAGAUGGGCUGAGGCCACCAGCUGCCUUGGACUGUGUCUUUUCUGCAUAAAUUAUGGCAUUUUUCUGGGAGGGGUGGGGAUCGGGGACCAUG